AGGAGACUCGCGAGAACAAUGGAGCACGUUGAGAAGGUCCUAGCUGUCUUGAAGAGAGGCUGGGAGAGCGAGGAGAGGAAAUGGUUCAUCUUAUUCCGGUCUCCAGUUGAGAUAUGGGCAGACAACCCAACCUACCUGGCCUGUGAGCUGGUAUUCUAUGUCUGGACCUUUCUCAUUCUCAGGCAUGCGUGCAAGUAUCGUGGACGUUGCCUGCUUCUGUUGAUGGCCGCCCUCUUCCAUGGCCUGGUCACAGAAAGCCUUAGCUAUAUCCUCCCCGACAUUGACAACUUCUGGCACGGACGGACUAUGGUCAUGUUGCUCAAGCAACGACUACCUCUGCACAUCAUGUUGUUCUAUCCAUGCUUCCACUAUACUACCAACAUGGCUGCCGCUAACCUCAAGCUUCCCUGGUGGGCUGAGCCUUUCGCUGUUGCCCUGGGAGACCUAUUGCUGGACAUACCAUUCGAUAUCCUGGGCAUCAAGCUGAUCUGGUGGACUUGGCACGAUACUGACCCUAAUAUAUUCGACAGGACAUACAGUGUACCGUGGACAAGCUACAUAUUCCACCUGACGUUUGCCGCAAGUUUCACCUUUCUCCUCAACUCUUCGAGAUGGUUGUUCACUGGCAGCUCAGAUAAGGAGAAAAUGACCAACAACUACUUCUCUGAGUUUGCUUGUGUCAUCAUUACAGCUUGUCUCUCGAUGCCGAUGGCUGCCCUGCUUCAGUUCACACCUCUCUACCAUGCCUUCCACGACAUGCACGGAGUCCACACUGAGGUGUGUGUGUGCGUCAUUGUUGGUCUCUAUGUCAUGCUGGCAUGGAGUGGGGACAGGGGAACUGGAAUGGAAGCUCGGAAUGGGACUCAAGGUGCAGGUCAUCGUAAACGACACUCUGUUUUCAACGAGCUCUCGUUAGCCGUCGUCAUUCACUACCUAUUCUACAUCGUCCUUGUCUUUGUUGCCUCCCCCGAGAGCUACCGCUCGACUGGACCUCACGAGACAGUGGGAGAUUGUGACUCUGUCUCCACCAUCAACACGGUCACAGGACUGAAGCUGACCAAGAAGACUUUUCUGUGUGCCUCGAACUAUUCCGAACCGUACUUUGACUUUCACUGUCUCUCAAAGAACACUGUGCUGCCAUCGAAUGGCUCCAGCUACUACACCAUCUGUGGCACACCAUUCCCUAAUAUCAUAGAGUACAAGUUUAUGAUUUUGGGCUCGUGUUUAUUUGGACUGGCUUUUUACUAUCAGUGGUUUUUUAGGUCAGCUAGGCCUAGCAAGAUGAAGAAAGCAUAAGACAGAAUAACUGUGGACUGGAAUACGGUAUUGAUUUCAUUCUAAAAUUUUGAUUGUAUAUAGCUACAAGCUAAAAAUUAGUUUUAACAUUAUUUGAUACUGGGAUAUUGA